GCACCGUCGCACAUGGACGCCUCGGCCAAGUACCACAUGCCUCCGGGGCAGAGGCCGUCGGUCAAGAGGUUCCUCUCGGUGGGCCCUGGUGGCGGCCACAGGCCCCCGGGCAACGGGGCCUCGGGGUUGCCUAGCGGGGAGCCGGGGCACGCGCUGCCCGGGGACCCCCCCCCCUACCCACGGUGCAGCGCACCCCGUGGCCAUGCUGAACCUGCAGCUCAACCCCGAGCGAGAGAUGGACGAUGUCAUCGACGACAUCAUAAGCCUGGAGAGCAGCAUGAAGGACGACAUGAUCAACGGCUUCCUGGACCCGACGACCCUCUCCCACCCGGUGGCCUUGCCCGGCGGACUGCUGGAGGGGUACGUGGGGCCGGGCAUGGUGGUGCCGGGCGUGAACAUGGCUAAUGGCUCGUGCCACGGGGGCUUGCCCGCCAUGAAGAGGGAGCACGCAGGGAGGGAUCCUGAUGUCCGGGCCCUCGCUAAAGAACGUCAGAAGAAGGAUAACCACAACUUAAUUGAGCGCAGAAGACGGUUCAACAUCAAUGAUCGCAUUAAGGAGCUUGGAACGUUAAUCCCCAAGUCCAGCGACCCUGACCUGUGCGAACGCAGGGACAUGCGCUGGAACAAGGGAACCAUCCUGAAGGCGUCGGUGGACUACAUCCGGCGACUGCAGAAGGAGCAGCAGCGCUCGCGAGACAUGGAGGCUCGCCAGCGCCGGCUCGAGCACGCCAACCGAAGCCUCGUCAUGCGGGUCCAGGAGCUGGAGAUGCAGGCGAGGGCGCACGGCCUGCCCACACCCUCGCAGGCCACCGUGGAUCUCAGCAGCUCGUCCAUUAAGCAGGAGCCGGGCAUCCCAUCCCACGGCCUCGAAUACUCGCUGCUGCCCACCGCCCCCAUCCCCGCCAACUCCAGCCACGUCACCAUCCUCGACCUCAACGACGGCACCCUCGGCUACUCCAAUCCCCUAGAACCGGAUCACCAGGACGUGUUGGGUCACCACCACUCCGAGCACCUGUCCGGUCACGGGGACCCGGCAGCUAACUUUUUGGACUAUGGCAGCGGCCCAUUCGGCAACGGCUUGAGGCUGAGGGACUUUCUGCUGGACGACGGUAUGUCUCCGAUCGGCGAGUCGGACCCCCUACUGUCCUCCAUCUCCCCAUCCGCCUCCAAGUGCAGCAGCUUCAGUGACGAUGACGACGACGACGGGGAGGAAAUGUGAUCCGUCGCCUCCGCGGGCAAAAAUGUCCGAAGAUUUGUAUCUUUUUUUGGGAAGUUUUAUACGGAAUAAAAAAAAGCAAAGUAGCUCAAGUUAUUCUUCAGUUUAAAGGUGCAAUACGUGAUGCUUAACCGUUUCCGCGAUGCGCGGCACACUUAUAUCGGGUGCUCGGUGCAGUCCGGCGUGUGAUUUUCCUUCCGCCGAUCUACCAAGUUCUGCCAAACGAGAGGACCCAUGUUUACAACGCUUGCAUUUCAAUUAAGGCGGAGUCGCUGGGAAAACCACGCGGCGGGCAGCACUGUGUGAGGCUUGCCAAACGAAUGCCACUGCCGGCCCAUACCCAAUGUGUUGCAACAAAGACACGCACGCCAAACAGGAGAUCAACACAAUGCAAAGCUAGUCGCGUUGACGAUGGUUAAACGGGUGCAUUAAAUCCUCUCUGGGCCAAAACCAAAUUUUACCCGCUUUGAUGAAACGGCUGAAACGCGUCGACUUGGCGGCUUGCCCCCUCCAACCCCCAGUUUUGUUUUAGCGGAGAUAUUCGCCUGCUUUCUCCCGCGAAAAAAAAUAGGACGGAAAAGUGGCAACGUCCACGAACGGCACGUUACGUUCGCCCCCUCUGCAAAUUUCCAAUGCACGUGGCAUCGCUGGAACCUUGGUCAGCCUCAUCCGCACGUGCCAACGUGUUGUCUGUGAGUGGCGCAUCGCAGACGUCUCUGCCCCCCGCCCCCGGGGGAGCGUUUUUUGACGGAUCUGUGUGCAAGUGCAUAAAGUCGUUUGCGCAAAAUAAUAGGGCCUUGACACCGACGCACAAAGCCCCGCUUCUAUAUCGAGCAAAUUCCACGGAACCCGUCACAAACCACGUGAGCCCCAAAUCUUGACGGGGGUCGGUUAUGAGUGCAUGGGUGUUCAGCGGCACACAAUGUGCAGUGUUUAGCCUGCGUGACUUAUUGCACCUUUAACACUAAAUAAAAGGAAUUUGUUUUAUUAAACAGAUAUGUACAUACAGUAUAUAUAUUUUUUAAGAUUUAAAAUGACUGCUUAGUCUUUUUUUAUAUACAUAUAUACUUUUUCAAUAACUUGUACAUCUGAACAUUUUUUUUUAAAGGUUUAAUCUUGCGAUUGAUACUGUACAUCCAAAGUUACAGGGCUGUCAAGUGAGGGUAAGACCAUUUUUUGUAAAUCUAACCUGUCAACCAGAAGUAUCUCAAAGGAUCUCAGAAGCACUUCUGUGAUACCUGCUUCAGUGGGCCCUUCGUUCCCUUGCGAGAGACCCCCAAUGGUCUUCUUCAUCUCAUAACGUGACACACGGAGCAGUCAGGAUAAAAUUGGGAAAAAAAAGAAGAAAAAUCACACCCUAUAAAUGAGUGCAAUGAGGGUUAUAUGAUAAUGAUGAUAUUUAUUUUGAGUUUUUGGUGAAUUUGGCAAGUAUGUGUGCGUUGUGUGUUUUAGGAUGCAAAAGUUCUGGGGGAAGGGGUUUUGUGUUAGGCCCAUCGAGACUUGACAGCCCUGCGAGCUAAAAUGUAAUUUCAACUUACAUAUUAUGCAAACUAUCAUAGUCUUCGAAUGGUUUUGUGAAACAAAACAAAUGCAAAGGUUGUGAAAGUUAAGCUUGCGACUUGCUGCCAUUUUAUAUUAAAAUGAAGAAUGUGCCAUUAUUGUAAGCACUGUGAAACACGAGUUCCCAAAUCCUUAACGGCAAUGCAAAGAGCAAAUUCACUUUGGCAUGAACCUCAUUUUCCCAGUGUAAUCUAUAGGGGUAAAUGUGCAUUCAUGAAAGACGGAGGCCUAGAAAUUCCUUAAUGUUUCAAGUUAGCCUACUAAGCUCUGGAAUUAAGAUAGCCCUUGUCAGUAUUGAGCCCUCAGCCGUGCGUUGACACGGCCUACAAUCGGUGUACAAUAUAUUGUUGGUUGGUAGUAGUGCCAGGUACAUAAACAGUCACUGGAUGAUCACUGGCUUUUUAGUGUCAUCCCUCCCUCUCGUUGUGGAUUUUCUUUGUGCACUUCGCUUUCCUGGCACGUGCAGAAUAAAGAUGAUGUUGGGAAAAAAAUAUCACGGAAUCUCUGUGGAAUAUAGAACCCAGGAGGGGUAGAAUCCAAUUAACCUAAUUUUUACAGUAAAAUGUAUUAUCAAUAAUACACACUAAUCGAGCAUUUAAAUAAUGUAACUGCCCAUAAUAGACUUUUUUGGGUUAGAUCGGGCAAAUAUAAAUGUGUCAUUUAACCCGCCACCACCCGACACAGCCAUUAAGUAAGGGUUGUCACGUAAACAAAG